GAGCGCGAUCAGUUUGAAUAGAGAAGCUGCUCGGAGUGACGCUGCGCGGAUACCCGGUAAAAAAGCCCGUUGUUACUCAUGGCCUCCCAGAACAUGGACCCAGCAGCAGCUGCAUCGUCGUCGUCAGCCGCUCUGAAGGGCAGUGAGAGUGGAGUCAGCACAGCCAGAGGCUCCGUGACCAAACGGCUGCAGCAGGAGCUGAUGACCCUCAUGAUGUCAGGUGACAAGGGGAUCUCUGCUUUCCCAGAGUCGGAUAACCUCUUCCGAUGGGUUGGAACCAUCGACGGAGCUCAGGGGACGGUGUACGAGGGCCUCCGGUACCGGCUGUCCCUGGAGUUCCCCGCCGGCUACCCCUACCAGGCCCCUCGCGUCAAGUUCAUCACGCCGUGUUUCCAUCCCAACGUGGACGAGCAGGGCCUGAUCUGCCUGGACAUCCUGAAGGAGAAGUGGUCGGCGCUGCUGGACGUGCGCUCCGUCCUGCUGUCCAUCCAGAGCCUGCUGGGAGAACCAAACAAUGACAGUCCUCUGAACACGGCGGCAGCAGAACUGUGGCAGAACCAAGAGGCCUUCAAAGCUCAUCUCCACUCCACCUUCCAGAAGUGAAGCUGCUGCUCUUUUCUUCCGUCUGUCUUCUGUGUUUGUACAAUAUUUUUAUGUUUUUUGUCAAUAAAGGUUUCAUUUCAA